CGAGCGGUUGGCCGCUACUUCACCCAGUCAACCCGUACCUGACGUGCGGCCUGUGCAGCGGAUACCUCAUCGACGCCACCACCAUCGUCGACUGCAUGCACUCCUUUUGCCGAAGUUGUAUAAUACUGCAUCUGCGAAGCAAUUCGUUCUGCCCAACGUGUGAACAAAUCCUCCGCAGAUUUGAUCCUCCACUCCACGGCCUCAGGAGAGACCAUACUCUGCAAACUCUGGUGUAUAAGAUGGUGCCUGGACUUUACCGCAAAGAGAGAGAACGUCGUAAAACGUUUGGACAGCAGGACCCACAGCAGCGUCGACUACCUAAGCCGGCAAAGAACAUACUUACAGACGAGUUCAAAAUAAAUAUUUCACUGCAAUAUGAUGAAUGUGUGGAAAAUGAGGGUGGUGGUGGUGGUGGUGAUAUAAACAAGGAAGAUAAAGAAGCAAAACGGUACCUCAAUUGUCCAGCUGCAGUUCGCAUAAAAUAUUUGCAGCACUUUAUAAGAAUGAAAUAUGGACUCAGUGAAGCCCAUAGGGUGGAUAUAAUUUAUAAUGACGAGUGUCUGCCACAAACCUUUACUCUUAAAGAUGUCAUGUAUAUUUUCUCUCUGGACAAGUACAAAACAGUGGAGUUUGGCUUCAGAAUAUAUCUUCAGGAUCCCGCAGAACAGAAUGUUAGUGCUCAGAAUGCAUCUUCUGUGCAAAAAAAGAGUCGGAGACAAUACAAAAGGAAAUCGCCAAUGAAGAAAAAACAACCUGUUGCACCGACCCGGAGCAAGCUUUCCAGAUCGCAGUCUACACCCAAUGUAUCUGUUUGCAUUGACUCACCUGAACCGUCAUCUAUCGUGCCUGCAGUAAGUGAAGAGUUUGAUGUUACAACAAAGAGUAAAAGAGGGAAGGGUAGAGGACGGGGCCGAAGGGCACGAAGUGGGACACGUAAAGACAAAAUUUCUUUUGCAUCCCUUGAUGAUGAUAUGCUGAGAGCAGGUCAUCUCUUAGAAAUGGAACUUGAUUCCAUUGCUUCUACUAGUAAUUACCAAAGUAAUAGUGUGACUGAAUGUGAAGACAUUAAUCAACAAAUGACUGAGAAAAGUGCUUCUCCUGAAAGAGUUACUCAUCAAACAGGAGCUUCAACCAAAGACAAUAAUGGUGUCAGUAUGCCUUUUGUUCCUGUUACUUUUUCAGAGGAUGCAACUCCUACAGCAGAAGUUGGAGUUGCAGUUGCCACUAAAGGCGAUGCCUUUUGCGUGGAAGAAAACCUAAGAACACCUUGUGAAUCUUUCAAGAUCAAACUCGGUGAAACACAAGACAGUUUAGGUGAAGUAAUUUCAGACAGUGGAAGGGAGAGGAUUCCUAUCUGUAAAAGUGCUGUAGCGUCUCACAAACAUGAUUCUUCCUACAACUCUUGUACUCCUCAUAAUGAAGGUGCUGCAUCACAGCAAACUGCUACACAUGGGAAGUUGGUAUCCACAAGACGUCAUAGCAGAACGAUGAUGUCUCCUCCAAGAAUUACCUCCUCCAAAUGCAAUAAUUCUGAUGUUUUUGAUAGUAGGCACAAUACACAGUGCAGUGUUAGAGAGCAAUUCCAUGAUGUCUCUAUUGUGGAUAAUAGUGUUCUAACCCAAGAAGGCAGUCAGUUAUCAUCAGUUUGUGGUAAUCGAUCUUCAAGUAUGAUUGGAGUCACAGAACAGAAAGGUGGAAAAAGUGCAACAGUUGACUUAAAAGUAGAUGGGAAUGGCCAAAUUCUCAACAACUGCCAGCAAAAUGUUAAUGUGCUAAGUAGUGAAAAGCGAGACAAAAUAGUAAAGGAAUCAAAAUGUCCAGUUGCAGCAGAAUAUGUUCCUCCAUCAAAGAGACUGUGUGUAGAGCAAGAACAGAGCUUAGUGCUAAAUGAGAACAUAGGGGAAGGCGAAGAUGUGUUGGAAGGACUGGAAGGUACAAAUGGUAAUAAAGUGGAAUCUAAAAAGAGAAUAUGUACAACUGAAAGACAAAGCACAAAAUUUCUUAAGACUGCAGAUGCAGUGAAUGCCUCUGUUAACAUAUAUGAGACUGAGCGACCUGAGGUGAAUAAUGGUUUCAGAGAUAUGAAACACAAAGUCAACAAUAAUAUGGAAUUGAUAAGCAAACAUAGGGAACAAAAAUUUUCAGGAAGUAGUAAACAAAAAGCAAAGAUGAGAUAUCGAAACAAGGUAAUGAAGCAGAGGAGAAUGCAGUUAAAAGGAACUGCACUUUUCAAAACACUAGAGCCACUAUCAUCAAGCCUCCGUCGAAAAUGCAUGGUCAGUAAAGUAUAUGGUUUGGUAGGCUUCAGAAAUAUGAACUGCAACAAAGGGAGAUGCAAAUCAAAAGGUACUUCUCGUAAAGAUAGGAAAAGACGAAUCAUGCAUUCAGUACUUAUUAAAAAAUUUGACAUUGAUUAUGGUGCUGCCACUCAUUCCAGUGGUGACAUUUCAAACGUAGUGGCUGUGCCGUCAUUAGAUGAAGGCAAGACAGAACUUCAUGACUCAUCUCCACUUCAUAGGGAUAAUUGUAAAACAUGUCAAAAUAAUCAGAGUUCUAGUGUGAUCUGGAAAAAAGUUGUCACACCAAGUAGGAAGAGAAGAUUCUCAGAGACUUGUGAGAAAACUGACAAAGAGCAUGUUAUUGGUGGGAAGGUUAAUGGGCUAACAGCAGUAGGUGUUAAUGCUGGCCUUUCAAGAGAGACAGAUGCAGGAUCUCUGAAAACUGUCAAUAAUGUAAAUGAAAAUGAAAUUACCGAUAAAACACAUGACACCAACAAUUGUACAGAUGGCAGUCAUCAGACUGAUGCACUUAGUAGUUCGCAGAAUAACUGUGGCACAACAUCCUUGACAACUAACAAUACAAAAGAAGCUAGUUCUCGUAGCUCUUUGAGUAUUGACAAUGUAGAUGGUACAAAGGUACCAAAUACUCAUAGCAGAAGUGGAAAAACGCUGCAAAAUGAAGUUAAAGCUAUUAAUAUUCAGAACAGCCAAACAGACCAUACUCCUCUCAUUACAAAUCCUUCAAAAAUGGCUACCGACAGCGCUGUAAAAAAUGAGCUUGUACAAUGCAAAGAAAACUCGAAAAAAGAACCCAACAUGUCUUCCAAGGAAAGCACAAGCUCCAAUAAAUCUUCCAAAGCAGGUGACAAAGACAGUAAUUACUCUGAUAAGUCAAGUAAUUACUCAGAAUUCGAUGAUUUCUCUGAGGAAGAUGAAUUAAUUUUAAGAGUUUCAGAGCAUGAGGAUGAUGAAGUAACAUCGAGAGUGUCUGAUCGUGAAGAUGAUGAGAUUAUGAAUGAAAAUGGUGUACAAUCGCAAGAGCUUCAGAAGAGUGCUAAUGAAGAAAAAAUAGUCACAGAUGAGCCAAAAAAUAAUUCAAACAAAGUAUCAGAAACCAGUGACAGCUCAGAAGCCAAAUCUAAAGAGGGAGGACAAAAAUUCCCAGGAGUUCCUUUACCUGCUGGCUGCGAAUUGAAAGAUGCUGAACGAAUCUCAAAGGAGAAAGGUACAGAGCCCAAGAGUGGGCAGAAAAGUUGGUCGGAGACAAAUAGACCUGAUAAAGUGAUUUCUCAUAAGACUUUAUCUGCCUCCCAUUCUGUCAACAACAGAACUGGAAAUGUUGUCAAUCCUGUUAACAGUAGUAACAGUUCUCAUCAACAGUGUGCAUCAAAAGGCAACAAUUCAAACCCUGUGAUACCACAGACUGUUGCAAAUAAGACCGAUAAAAAACCUAAAACGGGAAAUUUAUAUGAGCUUACAAUAAAACCCAAAGAAAAUACAAUUGUUCCACCUCCUUCCAUUACAAUUAGUAGGCUCAAUUCUAAUUUAAAACCAAAACAGAGGACUGACACAAGCAAUUCCACUAAGAAUAAAAGGCCCUCCCUCGAGAUACUGCCGGUCAAACCUUCAGGCGCUCAACACUCUGCAGCUACUGACAGGAGUAAAAGAAUUAGUGUAGGCAGCCCAUAUUUCACCCCAAAAAGGAAACCAGCUAAUUUGCCACUUUUGAAACCACCACAGCUUCUACAAAAUGUAGUCUCUCAGGCACAGAAUUUUCCCACAGAAACAGUGACAAAAAAUGGUUUACAAAUAAUACCAACUAGUACUAAAAGUGAAGUAGUUUCUAGUAGUUCUCGGAAACCCGUUGCUACAACAACCAAUGUUUCAAACAAUGUUAACAGUAAAUCUUCUGAAAAUACAUCAAAUAAAAAUACUCGUGCUGGAGAAGCAGUAUUGGAUUUGUCAGAAAAAUCAACAAGGUAUAAGGUAUCAUCACCAGAAUCGUUGAACCAGACUCCGAAUGAAUUACAGCCACCAAAAUCAUAUGUUACUGCAGCUCAGAUUGCACAAAAUAGAGCCUCUCUCUGUUCGACUCUGGCCUCAAACUUCCAACACUUCCAGCAUCAUUUUAGUGCUAAUACACCACCUCAGAAUCUUCCACAGGCUGGUAUUGCCAGUGCACUGGGCACAGCACUCUCCUCUGCUUUGCGUGGUACGCUGACCUCCUCACAAGCAGCACGUGGUAUUUCAAAUGAUGGAAUUCACCCUGCUGUGACAAAUCCAGCCUUUAUGGUGAAUAGAAACACACUAUCUGGUGCAUCAAUGCAGUAUUGUAAUGCUAAAGAUGAAACUGAAAAAUCAGUGAAGCAACAGCUAUAUCAAAACAUCCAACAGAAAACCAAAGCUGCCCAUACAGCUGCAGCUGCUGCUGCUGCUGCUGCCUCAAAUCAAAAUAUUAACAGUCCAGCAUCACAAAUGAUGUAUGGAAGAAAUGUGAGGAUGCAGCCUGGCGUCCACAUGGGCCACGUCCACACACCUUCAGUUUGUUAUCCAGAAACCAGUCCCACUGGACCAAAAGAAUAUCCUGACCCACGAUCUCCUAUUCCCUUGUCUCCAACGACACCUGUUAGUUCACCACUUUCUCCUACACAUCAGGUGAUGGCAAAUUUUGGGUGCUUAAGUCCUACUUACAAUCCACAUCCACUGUACAAGACAUUUACCCCUGCCAGUUCUGAAAUAGCGUACGAUAGAGCAAAAAGGAAUCUCAUGCCAGAACACAGGAACCCUGGACCCAGUCAAACAGUUCGUCACAUCCCAAACCCGUCAACUCUUCAAUUCAGACAGCAACGCAGAAACUGCUCUCCGUCAAAUGCACCACAGAAUGUGCCAUCCACCUCAGCAAACAAUUCUUUGAGCAGUAAAAUGCCAUUCUUGCACCAGAGGCUAUUGGAAGCUAGUAACAGUGCCUCAAAAAAUGUUCCAGCAACAAGCACGGCAUCUGGUUUAGCAUUAAACUCUGGAAAUUUUGUUUCACAUGAUAAGACUAAACCCUCAAGAAGAAACUCUGCUAAUAAAUAACUCUUAAGCCGAAUUUAACAUAGUUUUCUCUUGUGAGAUGUCUCUUCACUAUUGAGCUGUUUCUGACCGUGUGAGAGAAGUACAUGUAUUAAACAUAUAUUGUCAAUGUUUUUUUUUUUUUUUUUACAAAUGCAGUGUACCUCAUGCUUCUGUAAAAUGUCUCAUAUUACCUUUUUAAGGUAUAUAAAAACUGAAAAGACUAUAAUUUGUAAAAAGUAUUUUCAUAAAUACUGUGUGAACUACUCAGUUUGUGAGAUUGGAAAAAUUAUUUUACCCAUGUACAGCUGAGAGAUCAUUUAAAGAUCUGAAACAUUAGUAUGUAAUGAUAUUUUCUUUAAAAUCAGUUUUGAAGGUUACUUCUUGAAAUAUCCAGUCGUAAAUAUUGUUUUGUGCAUUUGGCCAGUUGUAGCCAUAUUGUGAGGACUAGCAUUCUUCUGAUACUUCUGUUUGUACUUAUAUGCUUGUUAGUUCCUAAUUAUUAUUAUUAUUAUUAUUAUUAUUAUUAUUAUUAUUAUUAUUAUUAUUAUUAUUAUUAUUAUUAUUAUUAUUAUUAUUAUUUGUAAUGGCUGAACUGUUACUUCCCUGAAUCUUCAUGUUCUUUGCACUCUGUUACUAAAAUGUGUAAGAUGAGACUACAGUUUUGCGUAGUUGUAUAUUGUGUAUACUUGUAGAUGCAGUUUGUUUUCAUAUGUAUGAUAUAUUGUUAUUUUAUUAGUAAAAGUAUUAGGUAUUAAGUUUGAUCAAUGUAUAUUACCUGUUGUACAAAGGUGGAAAAUAUA